UCUCUGAGUGUGUUAGUGCAGGAAAAUGACUGAGGCUAGUAUUUCAGUAGAUCAAUUUUUAUUGGAUCAGUUCAUCUGUCCAGUGUGUCUGGAUCUCCUGAAGGAUCCGGUGACUCUCCCCUGUGGUCACAGUUUCUGUAAGGUGUGUAUUAAUGGUCACUGGGAUCAGGAGGAUCAGAAGGGCAUCUACAGCUGUCCUCAGUGCAGAGACACUUUUACUCCAAGGCCUGUUGUACGCAGAAACAAAAUGCUGGCUGAAGUGGUGGAGAAACUAAAGAAGAAGACUGAAGUCCAAGCUGCUUCUCCUGCACACUGUUACGCUGGACCUGGAGAUGUGGAGUGUGAUUCCUGCACUGGGAGAAAACACAAAGCUGUCAAGUCCUGUCUGACGUGUUUAGCUUCAUUUUGUGAAACUCAUCUAAAACCUCAUUAUGAAGGUUCUUCCUGGAAACAACAUACAUUAAUUGAAGCUUCAGCAAAACUCCAAGAGAAGAUCUGCUCUAACCAUAACAAGCUGAUUGAGAUCUACUGCCGUACUGAUCAAACCUGUAUCUGUUUUUUGUGUACGAUGGAAAAUCACAAAGGACACGACACCAUCGCAGCAGAAAGAGCUGAGAAACAGAAUGAGUUAAAGGAGGAGCAGAUGAAAUCCCAGCAGAGAAUCCAGGAGAAGCAGAAGAAGGUGCAGGAGCUGAAACAGGCUGUGAACACUAUAAAGCUGAGUGCACAGACAGCAGUGGAGGACAGUGAGAGGAUCUUUACUGAGCUGAUCAGCUCCAUGGAGAAAAAGCGCUCGGAGGUGACAGAGCUGAUCAGAGCUCAGGAGAAGACUGAACUGAGUCGAGCUGAACGACUCCUGGAGCAACUGGAGCAGGAGAUUGCUGAUCUUCAGAGGAGACUCACUGAGCUGGAGCAGCUUUCACACACACACGAUCACAUCCAGUUCCUCCAGGCUUUAGCUUCUGGGCAUCAGUCUCCUCCAUUUCACAGACCAGACUUUCAGACAUCCAUCAUCAGUGUCCAUCAACAUCUCUCAUUUGAUGGAGUGAGGAAUUCUCUCUCAGGUCUGAAGAAGAGACUCGAGGAAUUCUGUGAGGAGGAAUUCAACAAAAUCCCUCCACAUGGUAAGAGGAGCUGUUUCUUCAUUUCCAUUUUUCUCUCCACAGCUGCAGCAGUUCAGAUCUUUUCACUACCAGAGCCACAGAGCAGAGAAGAGUUUCUGAAAUAUUUCUGUUAUCUGACUCUGGAUCCCAACACGACACAUCGUAACCUCAUUCUGUCUGAGAAGAACAGAGCGGUGAGAUACAGUGUGAGAGAGGAGCAGUACUCUGAUCAUCCAGCGAGAUUUGACUCCUGGUGUCAGGUGUUGAGUAAGGAGAGUGUGUGUGGACGCUGUUACUGGGAGGUGGAGUGGAGUGGUGGUGUGUCCAUAUCAGUCUUAUAUAAAGACAUCAGUAGGAAAGGAGAGGGUUAUGAGUGUGGGUUUGGACGCAACAAUCAGUCCUGGAGUCUGUGGUGUCGUUCUUCUUCUUCUCUCUGUUUCUAUCACAACAACAUUGAGACUGAUCUCAGAGCUCCAUCAUCCUCCAGAAUAGGAGUGUAUGUGGAUCACAGUGCAGGAACUCUGUCCUUCUACAGCGUCUCUGACACGAUGAAGCUCCUCCACAGAGUCCACACCACAUUCACUCAGCCUCUGUACGCUGGAUUUGGGUUCUAUAGGUUGCUUAGGCUUUGCUGGCGGUCUGACUCUACUGUGAGAUUGUGUGAUCCAGAAUAAAGUGUGUAGUGUUUUGUGUAAAAUUCCUGCACAUUGUCACAUUGUUGCUCAGUCAUCUGUCUCACUAACACACAAUCCAGCUGCACAAACAGCUCAGUAAUUUAACACAGGGACAAUUAAAGAGUAAAUAUUACCACUGAAUAUACAAACCGGAUUCCUAAAAUGUUGGGACGCUAUACAAAUCGUGAAUAAAAACUGAAUGCAAUGAUGUGGAGGUGCCGACUUCUAAUAUUUUAUUCAGAAUAGAACAUUAAUCACAGAACAAAAGUUUAAACUGAGAAAAUGUAUCAUUUUAAGUCUGUUGAAAAAUACGUUGAUUCAAAAUUUCAUGGUGUCAACAAAUCCCAAAAAAGUUGGAACAAGGCCAUUUUCACCACUGUGUGGCAUCUCCCCUUCUUCUUACAACACUCAACAGAGCCUGGGGACCGAGGAGACCAGUUUCUCAAGUUUAGAAAUAGGAAUGCUCUCCCAUUCUUGUCUAAUACAGGCCUCUAACUGUUCAAUCGUCUUGGGCCUUCUUUGUCGCACCUUCCUCUUUAUGAUGCGCCAAAUGUUCUCUAUAGGUAAAAGAUCUGGACUACAGACUGGCCAUUUCAGUACCCGGAUCCUUCUCCUACGCAGCCAUGAUGUUGUGAUUGAUGCAGAAUGUGGUCUGGCAUUAUCUUGUUGAAAAAUGCAGGGUCUUCCCUGAAAAAGGUGACGUCUGGAUGGGAGCAUAUGUUGUUCUAGAACCUGAAUAUAUUUUUCUGCAUUGAUGGUGCCUUUCCAGACAUGCAAGCUGCUCAUGCCACACGCACUCAUGCAACCCCAUACCAUCAGAGAUGCAGGCUUCCUGAGCCCAUUCUGUGAUUUCCUUUACAGUAGCAUUCCUGUUUAUGGUGCAGUGUCGUUUAAGGGCCCGGAGAUCACGGGCAUCCAGUAUGGUUUUACGCCCUUGACCCUUACGCACAGAGUUUGUUCCAGAUUCUCUGAAUCUUCGGGUGAUGUUAUGCACAGUUGAUGAUGAUAACUGCAAAGUCUUUGCAAUUUUUCGCUGGGUAACACCUUUCUAAUAUUGCUCCACUAUCUUUCUGCGCAACAUUGUGGGAAUUGGUGAUCCUCUACCCAUCUUGGCUUCUGAGAGACACUGCCACUCUGAGAAGCUCUUUUUAUACCCAAUCAUGUUGCCAAUUGACCUAAUUAGUAUUAAUUAGUCUUCCAGCUCCUCGUUAUGGUCAAAUUUACUUUUUCCAGCCUCUUAUUGCUACUUGUCCCAAAUUUUUUGGGAUUUGUGGACUCACCAUGAAAUUUUCAAUCAACAUAUUUUUCCCUUAAAAUGAUAC